UGAGUAGCCAUUCGCAUUCACCCUAACGAGAAACACUCCUUGGAACAAAGGGAAGAAGUGAAAAUUAGCCGCCUAAUAGCUUGAUUUGUGUGAUACUAAAAGGAGAGCGUAAAGGCCUGAGAUAUUGGCAGUGGCGGAAAAAUGCUCUUAAGCCUUGUGGUGGCCUACAUUGUGUGGUUGUCGGGUAAUACAAGAUCGGCUGGAUAUGGAGCCCCAGUCGCACCACCAUCGAGCCUCCCAUCGCCCGAAAUGUUUGCCUUUAUGAGACGAUUCGGCUAUUUAGAUGCAAAUCCGUCGGAUUCUCUGGCUCUGUAUAGCGAAGAUGCCGUGAUUGAUGCCAUUAAAAUGGUACAGAAGUACGGCGGAAUUCCCCAAACUGGUGCUGUUGAUGAUAGAACGAUCAAAUUAAUGACAUCGCCGAGAUGUGGUGUACGAGAUUUACAUGCCGCCAGCGCGAGACGGAAGCGUUUUGUUGUAGGAGGACGUGGCUGGCAAAAGAGACAAAUUACGUAUUUCAUAGCAAAUUGGACACCAAAAUUGGGUGAAACGGAAGUGUCGAGUGACAUGGGAAGAGCUUUUGAACUGUGGGGUCAGUAUGCCAAUUUGAAAUUCAUUCAGGUCUUCGAUCCAUCUGCAGACAUCAUUGUCGCUUUUGGCAGUCACUACCACGGCGACAGGUUUCCAUUCGAUGGACCAGGAUACAUUCUGGCACAUGCCUUCUAUCCAUACGAAAUGGGCUCAUAUGGCGGUGACAUUCACUUCGACAGCGAUGAAAAUUGGACAAGAAGCGAGAAUAUCACAAAUGGAGACAUCAACUUUCUCUCUGUGGCCGUUCACGAAUUGGGUCACUCACUCGGCCUGGGACAUUCACCCAUUUACAAUUCAAUCAUGUUCCCGUACUACAGACCCACCCAAUUUCCAAUCACCCUCGAUUUCGACGAUAUCCUCGCCAUGUACAAUCUCUAUGUUAGAGCACAGCUUCCGGGUGAUGAGGUGAUUGAGGGAAAAAACGAGGCGCCAACCACCCCCCAAAUUAUCCCGACAUCCACCUAUGAGACGACAAUCACACCGGAUUUAUCCACUGUGAUCGAUCGGGACGGAGCGACACCGACAACUGAAUCAAUUAGCAAUGAUGUGACGCCUUGUACAACCCCAGCACAGCAUUAUUAUUCAUUCCAUGGAGACUACGAGACCGUGGAGGAGCACAAGACACGUUUCGAUUCGACACCAAUUACAACGACGACAGCCAUCGGGCCCACGUCGAUUGUGGCAGGAGAACCGGCGAGCAUUUGCGAAGGUAAUUUCGAUGCCGUCUCCGUGCUUCGUGGUGAAAUAUUCAUAUUCCGUGGCAGAUUUCUGUGGCGUCUCACAAAUAGAUUUCACAUCCUGCCGGGAUAUCCUGUCGACGUGGCACAGAUAUUUUCCCCACACGAAGGCACCGCCGCAAAUCCCUACACAGUGGAUGCUGCCUACGAACGAAAUUCCGACGGUCACAUUGUUCUCUUCUCAGGAAAUCAAUAUUGGCUCCACAAUGGCAGUCACUUUGUUGAGGAAAGUCCAAGACCUCUCACGGAUUACGGGAUUGACUCUCAAGUUUCCUCCAUAGACGCUGCUCUAGUUUGGGGAAAGAAUGGCAAGACUUACUUGUUCUCGGGCGACAUUUUCUGGCGCUUCAGCGACGACUCUUCAUCCCUGGAUCCCGGAUAUCCCAAAGGCAUUGCGCGAUGGCACGGAAUCCCAUCUGAUCUGGACGCUGCAGCGACAAUAAACGGCCGCACUUUCUUAUUCCGCCGGAAGCUCUACUGGUUGUUCAAUGACCGAUGGAUUCGCCCAGAAAUCGGAUAUCCUCGCAGGAUCGCGUCUCUCCUGGGCUGCCGCUGAAAUACAUCAUCAGCAUCACAGCAAAGUUAGUCAAGACCAAAGAUUAAUUAAUAAAACAUUAAUCAUGCAAUAAAA